AUGAGGAAGGGCCUGGCAUCCGCCCUGUCGCUGCUGGCCACCGGCGCCGCGGCUCAGCAGUCGGCCUAUGGCCAAUGCGGCGGUACCGGCUAUACUGGGCUGACAAGCUGCACGUCUGGCUACGAGUGCUCGUCACAAAAUGCUUAUUACUACCAGUGUGUCCCGGGGACCGCAACGAGUAGCUCACCGGCGACUUCCUCUGCCGUGACGACGUCCAGCAAGACCUCGUCCUCGAUCGCGUCAAAGACGUCGACAUCGGCCGUCUCAACUGCCACCAGCAGCGGCACCUUCGCCACCACGGAUGGGCUGCUCUUCAACAUCGACGGUGUGACCAAGUACUACGCGGGCACGAACUGCUACUGGUGCUCGUUCCUGACCUCAGAUGAUGAUGUCGACACGGUCUUCUCGCACAUGGCCACCGCGGGCUUCAAGAUCAUCCGCGUCUGGGGCUUCAACGACGUCACCUCUGUCCCAUCCACCGGCACAGUCUAUUUCCAGUACCUCUCCUCCAGCGGAUCCACCAUCAACACGGGCGAGUACGGCCUGGAGAGACUGGACGCCGUGGUCGCCGCUGCCGAGACGUACGGCCUCAAGCUCAUUAUCAACUUUGUGAACAACUGGAGUGACUACGGCGGCAUCGCGGCCUACACCACGGCCUUUGGGUGCUCUGCCACUACUUGGUUCACUGACUCUACCUGCCAGGGACAGUACCAGACAUACAUUGAGGCCGUUGUCAGCAGGUACAAGACCUCUACAGCUGUAUUUGCGUGGGAGCUGGCCAACGAGCCCAGAUGCACUGGGUGUGACACCUCUAUCAUCUACAACUGGGCCACGAACACAUCGCAAUAUAUCAAGUCUCUCGACUCGAACCACAUGGUCACCAUGGGCGAUGAGGGUUUCGGACCUCUGGCUGGAGGUGACGGGUCGUACCCUUACACCACCGAUGCUGGCGGCUACACCUGGGCCGAUGAUCUGAACAUCACCACCCUGGACUUUGGCACGUUCCACUUGUAUCCCGACAGCUGGGCUGAGCCCUACAGCUGGGGCGAUCUCUGGGUCACCACCCACGCGGCUGGUUGUGUGGCGGCUGGCAAGCCGUGCUACCUCGAGGAGUACGGUGGAGGAAACAACUGCACCGUCGAGAACCCAUGGCAACAGUACGCCCUCAACAGCACUGGCAUCGCCGGCGACAGCUUCUGGCAGUACGGAGACACGCUCCCCAGCUGCAGCUGCGAGACCUCAGACGACGGCAACACGGUCUACUAUCAGGAGGGCAACUGGGACUGCAUGGUUGUGGAUCAUAUUGAGGCCAUUGACGCGCUAUACCCAUCCAAAGUCUGAUGAGAGGGGGCAUGACAGAAAACCACAGAGGGGAGGCCGCUCUCUGACGUGGGAAACCUGCACCUCGUUCACUUCACUGUACAUAUAUAUAUAUUGCACACCACCGUAUCUACAGAGCAUUACUGC